UCUCCUCUGAAAGACAUGCUGAUGGCCCCUUCGAAGCAGAAGUGGGGUGGUGUUUCGGGUGAAAACCGUAUUCAGGAAGGAUGUUCACUUCCAGCGAUUUACCUGAAUAGGAUUCCUCUAUCACCAAGCGCCAUGGCGGCGGCGGCGGCGGCGGCGGCGGCGGCGGAGCAGCAACAGUUCUACCUGCUCCUGGGGAACCUGCUCAGCCCCGACAAUGUGGUGCGGAAACAGGCCGAGGAAACCUAUGAGACUAUUCCGGGCCAGUCUAAGAUUACAUUCCUUUUACAAGCCAUCAGAAAUACAACUGCUGCUGAAGAGGCUAGGCAAAUGGCUGCUGUCCUCCUGCGACGCCUUUUAUCCUCUGCAUUUGAGGAGGUUUAUCCAACUCUUCCCCCCGAUGUUCAGAAUGCCAUCAAAAGUGAACUGCUCUUGAUUAUCCAGAUGGAAACCCAGUCUGGAAUGAGGAAAAAAGUCUGUGACAUUGCUGCAGAGCUGGCCAGGAAUUUAGUAGAUGAGGAUGGGAAUAAUCAAUGGCCAGAAGCUUUGAAGUUCCUUUUUGACUCAGUCAGUUCUCAAAAUGUGGGACUGAGAGAAGCUGCCCUUCACAUUUUCUGGAAUUUCCCUGGAAUUUUUGGAAAUCAACAACAACAUUAUUUGGAUGUCAUCAAACGGAUGUUGGUUCAGUGUAUGCAAGAUCAGGAACACCCAUCGAUCAAGACAUUAUCUGCUAGGGCUGCAGCGGCAUUUGUACUUGCUAAUGAGCAUAAUAUCACUCUGCUUAAACACUUCGCAGACUUGUUACCUGGGAUCUUACAGGCAGUAAACGAAUCCUGUUACCAAAACGACGACUCUGUCCUAAAAUCCCUUGUUGAGAUCGCAGAUACUGUUCCAAAGUUUUUACGCCCUCACUUAGAAGCGACUCUCCAGUUGAGUCUGAAGUUAUGUGCAGACACCAGCCUCAACAAUAUGCAACGCCAGCUCGCCCUCGAAGUAAUAGUGACCCUCUCUGAGACGGCUGCUGCUAUGCUGAGAAAGCAUACAAGUAUUGUUGCACAGGCUAUUCCUCAGAUGCUGGCCAUGAUGGUUGAUCUGGAAGAAGAUGAGGACUGGUCAAAUGCUGAUGAGCUGGAAGAUGAUGAUUUUGACAGCAAUGCAGUUGCUGGUGAAAGUGCUCUGGACAGAAUGGCAUGUGGACUUGGUGGAAAACUAGUUCUACCAAUGAUUAAGGAACAUAUCAUGCAAAUGCUUCAGAAUCCUGAUUGGAAAUACCGACAUGCUGGCCUAAUGGCCUUGUCUGCCAUCGGAGAAGGUUGCCACCAGCAGAUGGAAGGCAUACUGAAUGAAAUAGUUAACUUCGUUUUGCUUUUUCUUCAGGACCCUCAUCCAAGGGUGAGGUAUGCAGCCUGUAAUGCAGUUGGACAGAUGGCCACUGACUUUGCACCCAGUUUUCAAAAGAAAUUCCAUGAGAAGGUGAUUGCAGCUCUUCUGCAGACAAUGGAAGACCAAGCCAAUCAACGGGUACAGGCCCAUGCCGCUGCUGCCCUUAUUAACUUUACGGAGGAUUGCCCCAAAUCGUUGCUGAUUCCGUAUUUGGAUAAUCUGGUGAAGCAUCUUCAUUCCACCAUGGUGAUUAAGCUUCAGGAGCUGAUUCAGAAAGGCACCAAGUUGGUUCUGGAGCAAGUUGUGACAUCUAUUGCGUCGGUUGCAGAUACAGCAGAAGAAAAAUUUGUUCCAUACUAUGAUUUGUUUAUGCCAUCUCUGAAACACAUUGUCGAGAAUGCUGUUCAGAAAGAACUUAGACUCCUGAGAGGGAAGACUAUUGAAUGCAUUAGUCUAAUUGGUCUUGCAGUUGGUAAGGAAAAGUUUAUGCAAGAUGCAUCAGAUGUGAUGCAGCUGUUGCUGAAGACCCAAACAGACUUCAGUGAUUUGGAAGACGAUGAUCCCCAGAUAUCUUACAUGAUCUCAGCCUGGGCUAGAAUGUGUAAGAUCCUUGGGAAAGAAUUUCAGCAGUACCUCCCAGUGGUUAUGGGGCCUUUAAUGAAGACUGCAUCGAUUAAACCUGAAGUCGCUCUCCUAGACACACAAGACAUGGAGAAUAUGAGUGAUGAUGAUGGCUGGGAAUUUGUGAACCUUGGAGACCAGCAAAGUUUUGGGAUUAAAACUGCAGGUCUUGAGGAAAAGUCAACAGCUUGCCAGAUGUUGGUUUGCUAUGCGAAAGAGUUAAAGGAAGGUUUUGUGGAGUACACCGAACAAGUUGUAAAGCUCAUGGUUCCUCUGCUGAAAUUUUAUUUCCAUGAUGGCGUCCGAGUGGCAGCAGCCGAAUCCAUGCCACUGCUCUUGGAAUGUGCAAGAGUCCGGGGCCCAGAAUAUCUUACCCAGAUGUGGCAUUUCAUGUGUGAUGCCCUUAUCAAGGCUAUUGGGACCGAACCAGAUUCAGAUGUACUCUCAGAGAUCAUGCAUUCUUUUGCAAAGUGCAUUGAGGUAAUGGGAGAUGGAUGCCUUAAUAAUGAACACUUUGAAGAACUUGGAGGCAUACUGAAAGGAAAACUAGAAGAGCACUUUAAAAAUCAGGAACUGAGGCAAGUUAAAAGGCAAGAUGAAGACUAUGAUGAACAAGUUGAAGAGUCACUACAAGAUGAAGAUGACAAUGAUGUCUAUAUUCUGACCAAAGUGUCAGAUAUUUUGCACUCAAUAUUCAGUAGCUACAAGGAAAAAGUAUUGCCUUGGUUUGAACAGCUGCUCCCGCUAAUUGUCAACCUAAUUUGUCCACAUAGGCCAUGGCCAGACAGACAGUGGGGCUUAUGCAUCUUUGAUGACAUCAUUGAACAUUGCAGUCCAUCCUCAUUUAAAUACGCAGAAUAUUUCUUAAGGUCAAUGCUUCAAUAUGUAUGUGACAGCAGUCCAGAAGUCAGGCAAGCUGCUGCUUAUGGCCUGGGAGUUAUGGCACAGUUUGGUGGGGACAAUUACCGGCCUUUCUGCACAGAAGCGCUUCCACUGCUGGUAAGAGUUAUUCAGUCUGCAGAUUCCAAAACCAAAGAAAAUGUCAAUGCUACAGAAAACUGCAUCUCAGCAGUAGGGAAGAUUAUCAAAUUUAAGCCUGACUGUGUAAAUGUCGAAGAAGUCCUUCCACACUGGUUAUCGUGGCUUCCGCUGCAUGAAGAUAAAGAGGAAGCUGUUCAUACUUUUAAUUAUCUCUGUGAUCUAAUUGAAAGUAAUCAUCCGAUCGUUCUGGGUCCCAAUAAUUCCAAUUUGCCCAGAAUAUUCAGCAUAAUCGCAGAUGGAGAAGUUCACGAGGCUAUUAAACAUGAAGACCCCUGUGCCAAACGUCUGGCCAACGUUAUUCGCCAAGUGCAGACCUCUGGAGGAUUAUGGACCGAGUGCAUAUCACAGCUCAGUACAGAGCAGCAGGCGGCCAUACAAGAGCUCCUGAAUUCCGCUUGAAGGGGCCUUCCUAUCACCUCUGAGAAAAACUAACUCCAAAUAAACGUUUACCCUUUUGUUUAGGUUUCUUUGUUUGAUUUUUGAGCAAAAGAGAACUGUAGUGCGUGUAGGGCGUUCUUCUGAUCCCAGCGGCCGCAGGAAGAGAAGCACUGAGUUUCAGAGUGGCGUUCAAAUGGAUUUCUAUCAAACACUGAAGAAGUUCCCUAGAAACCCUACACUAGCACUAAAGAGUAUUUUUCUAUCAGUAAAAGCCUCCCCCGAGAAGGGGAAAGGGAAACAAAUUAGACGUAAAGAGUUUAAGAAAAACAGCUUUAAGAUCAGUUACCCAGCAGUAGAUGUGCAUUAUAACGGAGAUCAUUUCUAUACAUCUAGUGUUAACUGUAUAAAUUGGAGUGUGAGUCGUUCCCUAGGGUAGAAAGGUGCCUUUUCUCCAGCACACCAGUAGAUCCGAAAGAGAAAAACCCAAGUCAAAACCAUCGAGCAUGAAGAUCUCAUAUUGAUGUCACUUUCGGUUCUUUUCCCCAAAAAGGCUUGCGUAGUGACUCAAUGUGGAAAGCUGUUCAGCUUCCAGCCCUUGAAUGUGAAGUGUCUUUGGCAUAUGUCUGGCAGUGGUCUCUCCUUCACUCCUCAAUAAACAAUGUUGAAAUACAA